CUUUCCCGUCCCGGUGCCGGGAGGAGCGGGGCGAGCCGCGGGGUCACGGCCCGGGCAGGGGCGGGGGGAGCGCGACCCGGCCCCGGGCGCUGCCCCCGGCGCUCCCCGGCCUGCCGGGGCUCCGGCUCCUUUCGAUUUCGCUUUUGGCGAGGAUCGCGCCGCAGCGGCGGGGCCGGCAGCGGGGACGGCAGCGGGGCCGGCAGCGGGGACGGCGGCGGGGACGGCGGCGGGGACGGCGGCGGAGCGCUCCGGACGCGGCGCGGGGCUCGGGCGCGGAGCCCGCGGCCAGCAGCCAUGCAGGGCAAAGUGGCCGUCAGCUCUUCCAGCCCUGUGGUGGCAGUGUCAUUACCACCCUCACCCAUCAGCACGGGGGAGAUCUUCAGGCUUCCAGGGAGGCUGAGAAUCCAGCCCUCCCUGUGGAGCAAGGACGAUGUGAUCCACUGGCUGCGAUGGGCUGAGAAGGAAUAUUCCCUGCGGCCCACUGACAGGAGCAAGUUUGAAAUGAACGGCAAAGCCUUGUGCAUCCUCACCAAGGAGGACUUCAGACACCGAGCUCCCAGCUCAGGGGAUGUGCUUUAUGAAAUCCUCCAGUUCAUUAAAACUCAGAGAAGAGCUCUGGUGUGCAGCCCCUUGCUGAACUCACCCUUCAGGAAAGCCAGGAGCACGGAGGAAGGUGCAGACUGCAGUGCUGAGGCUGUCCCAGUUGUUUCCUCGUGGCUGAGCUGUGCAGAGCAGCCCCAGUUCCACAGCCACACGCAGCCCCUGAACCUCUCCCACCACAGCUCAGAGAGUAGCUGCAGGCCAGGUGCCAUCUGCUCUUUCCCUGCUUCCCUGUCAGCCCCAGUGGAUGGGAAAAUUGCAGACUGCAGGCUGCUCUGGGAAUACGUGUACCAGCUCCUGUCCGACCGCCGCUACGAGCCCUACAUCAGGUGGGAGGACAGGGAGGCCAAGGUGUUCCGCGUCGUCAACCCCAACGGGCUCGCCCAGCUCUGGGGCAACCACAAGAACCGGAUGAACAUGACCUACGAGAAGAUGUCACGAGCGCUCAGACACUACUACAAACUCAACAUCAUCAAAAAGGAGCCGGGGCAGAAGCUGCUGUUCAGAUUUUUGAAGACUCCUGGGGAGGUUGUCCAUGAGAAAUCCAGCAAACUGGAGCAGCUGGAGAAUGAGGAGCAUGAAGAUUUGAAGGAAGACUCACUGGAGGUUUCACCAUAGUGAAUCUUUGGAGGUUUCACCUCAGUGCAUCACAGAGAGACUUGUGCUUUGCUGGGCAGUGCUGGUGUCUCCUGCCUCUCCUGGACAGAAGGCCACAGAGCUGGCCUGGAGUUCAGACCCUGCUGUGAGCCAAAGCUGGGACAUCUCUGGGGUUCAUUAGCAAAGCACACCCAGAAGUUGUCCCCCAGCCCCAAAAGCACAGGUGGACGUGUGGGCUGGUCCUCUGCUGGUUCCUCUCCUCCCCUUCGGGAGGGAAUGUGGUAUUUCUGCUCUGAAAUUUUAAUGCUUGUAUUCAAGGUCUAAACUUGUGGAAAAGAUCCCUCUGCUCUUCAUGCUGAGCAGAGCACGAGCUGCAGGCCAAGCAUCUGCUGCUCUGCUGUGGCAGAGAAUGCUGUGAACAUCCUGCUCUCAACCUGAGCCUCUCCCCAGCUCGGACAUGGACUGGAAUUGCAAAUAUGCUGGAACCUCACUGCCUGCUGUGAGCUUGCUCUUGGGAUUAAGGUUAGGAGUGUGCUGAAAUUCCUGCCUGGCUCAGGCCUGGCUGAAGCUCCAGGCUCCAUGGUUGCCCAUAGCUGGGAUUCACUUUAAGUCCUUUCCCUCCAGGUAGUGACUUUUGUAAUUAAUUUGUGAUUAAAUAAUGUGAAAAGAAACAAAGCCAGUAACAAAUAUGACCCCACCCGUGGUCAGAAAUGUGAUUAUUUGCUUUGAGUUUGAAGCAGGAAUACCUGAAAUGAACAUACUCUGUGUAUGGAUGUGUGUGAAAACAGAAAAUACCCACUACUAUUUUCACUUUGCUUUCCACAGAGGAAAUAAAAUACUG